AUGGGUAGAAGUCCAUGUUGUGAGAACACUAGUGAGUUGAGAAAAGGUCCAUGGACAUCAGAUGAAGAUGAAAAGCUCGUCAAUUUCAUCAAAAACCACGGUCUAAUUCAUGGAAGAAGUUGGAAAUAUGUUGCUAAAGCAGCUGGGUUGAAGAGGUGUGGUAAGAGUUGCAGACUCAGAUGGACUAAUUACUUGAAACCAGACAUUAAACGCGGUCGUUUCACUCUUCAGGAAGAAGACAUGAUUAUCAACCUUCAUUCUACCCUUGGGAAUAAGUGGUCAAAAAUUGCAGCUCAUCUUCCAGGGAGAACAGACAAUGACAUAAAAAACUACUGGAACAGCCAUUUAAGGAAAAAACUGAUAGAAAAAGGUAUUGAUCCAGUUACUCAUAUGCCAAAACCAGACCCUAAUAAUUUCCUAGACAUUCUCUCCCAAUUAGUCCUUACAACCUCUCCCCCAAACCUAGGUGGUUUAAUGAAACAGACCACCACCACCACCGCCGCCGUCGAAUUAGCCGCAAAACUCCAAGUCUUACAAACCGCCUUCCAGGUCCUAAACACAAUUAGCAGUUCAUCAUCAUCAAAUCCCACUAACACAGUCCAAACUACGACGACGACGACGACGACACAAAUGGCUACUCAAGAUUUAUGCCAAGUUACAAAUUAUAUUGAACCAAACCAAGUAAUAAUUGUUGAUCAUAAAAAUGAUGGUAAAACCCUAGGAUCAUCUUCUGAAGCUUCAAUUGUUAACCAGAUUGCGUGUAACGUAAGUUAUGACACAACAAAUGGAAAUGGCUACUGUGUCUUAACUCCCGCAGAUAGUAACAUCUUUGAAAAUUGGGGAAAUAUCGUACUAGAUGAUAGUGAGAUGGCCGAUUUCUGGAAAGAUGGUGAAACGGACAACUUUUGGAAAGAUAUGUAUGACAAAUUAAGGUGCGUUUUAUUUACCUGA